GUGCGUUUGGGGGUCUUGUGGAGCACAAGGACCCACACGUCCACACGUCCACCAGUUACUUGACAUUUAAUCCGACCAUCCAGCCGUGUUUGUCGCUCCCGAGACAGAAAGAUGCUGUCGAGCCGUGUCCGCUGCGCGCUGGCGCUCCUGUCCCUGGCGCUGGCCGUGAGCUGCGUGUCCGCGGCGCCGUCCGACCUCAAACUGCGCCAGCUGCUCCAGAGGUCGCUCCUGGCACCGGCCAGCAAACAGGACCUGACCAGGUACACCCUGGCCGAGCUGCUGUCCGAACUGGCACAGGUGGAGAACGAGGCGCUCGAGCCCGACGAGCUGUCGCGCGCUGCCGACCAGGAGGAGGUCCGUCUCGAGCUGGAGAGAGCCGCCGGUCCCGUGCUGGCUCCGCGCGAGCGCAAGGCGGGCUGCAAGAACUUCUUCUGGAAAACCUUCACGUCGUGUUAACUUAUUUCUCAAAACAAAAUACAAAACAACAACAAAAAAAAAUUCCCACACCAUUCGCAGUAAACACUUGUAAUUUCUAUGUAUUGUUUGGUUUUCAAACAUUUUCGACCAACCUCGAACGAGCGCGUCACAUAAAGAUGUGUAUAUAAAAUACGAAGUAAAUAAUAAAUGUUUCAUUUGAAGAUUGUAUUGAUAAUCGUUUGAUUUAACUAUUUGUUUUUUCAAGGAUUCUUCGUUGCAAAUAGUAUUUUUAAAAUAUGCGAUUCUGUUUUUGAGUCGUAUUUAUGUUUCCAGACAGAUGCCCUAUUUUAAAUUGUUUCUUCAAUAAAACUUGUUUCAGACUCCA